AAACAAAGACACGCCAUUACUAGAUAAUGUAAAUAGACAUGGAAUCUGUGUUUUGUGCGUCGAUAUGCGUGUGUCGGCUCUCUCUUCUGCCCUAGUUUUUGCUCACCGAACAGUUUGUAGAUCAGCAGAACUUCUUAUUAGUGGUUGGAUUUAAGCAUUUUCUGAGCGGCGAAGGAUGCGUUCUUUCUAGAUUCUCCAAAUCAGUUCUUCUAUCAGUAGGACCUGCAAUGGCGAACAAAUUUAGUACAGGGAACAGUAGAACAAGAAGUUCAGUGUCCAUCUUCAUCGUAGCUAGUCUCUGCUGUUUCUUCUACAUACUCGGAGCAUGGCAACGAAGUGGGUUCGGGAAAGGCGACGCUGUAGCGUCGGCUAUGAUCAAGGCCGGCGACAGCUGUAACAUCCUCCCGAGCCUCAACUUCGAAACACAUCACGGCGACAGGACAACGGGCACUUCAUAUUCUAAAGUAGUCGAAUAUAAGCCUUGCCAUCAUCGCUACAAGGAUCACACGCCCUGCCAAGAUCGAAAACGAGCAAUGAAAUUACCGAGGGAGAAUUUUUUCUACCGUGAGAGGCAUUGCCCCUCCCAAGAACAGAAGCUGCAUUGCCUGAUUCCCGCGCCUAAAGGAUAUGUGACACCGUUUCGAUGGCCAAAGAGCCGUGAUUAUGUUCCCUACGCCAAUGCUCCGUAUAAGAGUUUAACGGUCGAGAAGGCGAUUCAGAAUUGGAUUCAGUAUGAGGGGAAUGUGUUUAGGUUCCCAGGGGGCGGGACACAGUUUCCUCAGGGGGCGGAUAAGUACAUUGAGCAGCUCGCGUCGGUUAUCCCGAUUGCGAAUGGCACAGUUAGGACUGCAUUAGACACUGGUUGCGGGGUUGCGAGUUGGGGCGCGUAUCUUUGGAAUAGGAAUGUCGUAGCUAUGUCGUUUGCGCCACGAGAUUCACACGAGGCGCAAGUUCAGUUCGCUCUCGAACGCGGCGUGCCUGCCGUCAUUGGUGUUCUUGGAACUAUCAAAAUGCCGUAUCCGUCUAGCGCUUUCGACAUGGCGCAUUGUUCACGUUGUCUUAUACGUUGGGGUGCGAAUGAUGGAUUAUAUAUGAAGGAGAUUGAUCGUGUUCUUCGACCGGGUGGGUAUUGGGUGCUUUCCGGACCACCGAUAAGUUGGAAGACUUCUUACAAGGCAUGGCAACGUAGUAAAGAAGAACUCGAGGAAGAACAGAGGAGGAUCGAGGAAGUUGCUAAAAUUCUCUGCUGGGAAAAGAAAUCCGAGCACGAAGAAAUCGCGAUAUGGCAGAAAUCGAAGGAUGUAGACGCCUGUCGAGCUGCGCAAGAAAAUUCCGGCGCAGAAUUCUGUAAAUCUGAAGCUGCGGACGAUGUCUGGUACAAGAAAAUGGAGCGUUGUAUAACUCGAAUCGGAAAUGCCAAAAUUGGAGAAGUUUCAGGAGAUCUCAAACCAUUCCCGGAGAGGCUUAAUGCAGUUCCCCCGAGAGUUGCCAAUGGCGCAAUUUCUGGAGUUUCAGCCGAGGCGUAUCUGGAGGACAAUAAAGAGUGGAAAAAACACGUCGACGCGUAUCGGAAGAUCAACAAGAUUAUAGACUCGGGAAGAUACCGCAACAUUAUGGAUAUGAAUGCCGGGUUCGGAGGCUUUGCUGCGGCAAUUCAGUCGCCCAAAUUAUGGGUUAUGAACGUCGUACCGACUAUUGCCGAGAAAAAUACACUCGGCGUUGUUUACGAAAGAGGACUGAUCGGCAUUUACCACGACUGGUGCGAAGCCUUUUCGACAUAUCCAAGGACGUACGAUCUCAUCCACGCCAAUGGCGUUUUUACCUUGUACCAGGGCAAAUGUGAGUUCGAAGACAUCUUGUUGGAGAUGGAUCGGAUUCUACGGCCUGAAGGCGCAGUAUUGUUCCGGGACGAAGUCGACGUUCUUGUCAAGGUGAAGAAAAUAAUCGCGGGGAUGAGAUGGGAUUCGAAAAUGGUGGAUCACGAGGACGGCCCUCUUGUUCCCGAGAAAGUACUUGUGGCUGUGAAGCAGUACUGGGUCGGUAACUCGACUUCUGCGUGAUGAAUACAUCGUGCGAACAUGGUUUUUGGUCGACGAAGAAAGUUGAGCCGGACCGGGACAUGGCUAACCAGGUACGUAGUAAUACUCUGUUGUUCGAGCUGUUCUUGUAAGGAAAUGGUAUGUAUCAUUCGUAGGUAGAAUAUUUUUUUGUCUAUAGUAGUGUAUGGCCAUAGCCAAAGCCAUGAGAGCUGUUCUAGAGCAUAACAUUUUGUUAUUUUUAGAGGUUUUUUUGGCGUAAAUAUUCUCAACUGUUUGGUUGAAUUA